CAACGGGUCCUGCUUCUGCUCUGUUUUUUUAUUUUUUUGCAUGCAAUUUUGUACACAGGAAUAUCUGCAUUUGGCGGAUUUCUAACCGCUCACAGUGGAUAUAACAUUCUACACUCAGCAAAAGUGGUAGAAACAGUAUAAACAAUGCAUUUUCUGGACAUUUUUUGUAGAUUUCUAAAUCCACUGAUUGUUCUCCCAUGACCCUUUCUUCAUGAUGCGCAUCCCACUGCUGUAAAGAAGAAAUCGAUGAUGACGAAAAGCACAAAUUACGUCAUUAUGACAUUGCCUUUCUCAGAACACAUGAACUGGGAAGGGGUUUUUCGCUCCCACUUUCUUCUUUUUCUCUUAUCUUUAUUACCCUCGGUUGCAGUUAGUAGCGUGCCAGGUUUGGAAUAUGAUUGGGGAACGCAACCCAAACUUGUUUGCAUCCCUAUCCCUGCAGAUGCUGACCCUAGUUGUUUCACACCAGGUGGGGCUUCGCAUGGGACUUCACAUGGGCCAAACACCAAUGGCCAUGGGAAUGGACAUCAUGGGCCAGUUAGCGGGCUGCCGAGUAGUCACAGCGGCAGCAGUAGUAGUAGCCGACACGCCAUUUCCGAUGAGGCCAAAGCCACCAUCCUUCACCUGAGGGAGAGCCUUGUGCGACAGAAAGAGACCAUCUUAGAUCAGCGAGAGACCAUUCGGGAACUGACGGCAAAACUGACUCUCUGUGAAAGCUUUGGGAGGGGGCACCAUGAAGAUCAUCACGGCCCUUCACAACACAACUCCCAGCAUUCCUCACACCACUAUGACGGCCACCAUACUGACCCACACUUCCCUUUAAACGGGCAUCGCAGUGACCAUCACAGAGGCAAAUCUCCAUAUCUGGGAAAACACAGCUUCUCCCCAGAACAGACAGGAAAAACCCUGCAGGCCCUGAAGGAGAGGCUGGAAAACCUUCAGGCAAGAAAUUCUUCCAGUUCCUAUUCAAGUUCAUUGAGAGACCUCCUGCAGCGCAAGAUCAACGCACUGGAAGAACAGCUCCAUCAUCACUAUGACAGUCAUUAUGGUCAUCAUGACAGCCAUCACGGAUAUGGUCAUAAUGAGGAUAACCAUGACCAUGAUGACCACCAUAAUAACCACCACAAUAACCACCAUGAGGACCAUCAUGAUAACCAUGACAGCCACCAGGCAAACCAUCAUGAGGACCAUCACUCCAGUAAUCAUCGUAACCACCAUUAUAGUUAUCGCUAUGAUCGUCACACCGACCACCAUGAUGAUCACCACGAUGACCACCAUGGAAAUCACCAAGACAAUCAUCAAAGUGGCCAUGAUGAUCAUCAUGACAGCCAACACAACAGCAACCACCAUGAUGAUCAUCAUGAUGAUGGCCAUCAUAAUGGACACCAUGGAAAUGAUGAUCAUGUUCAUCAUCCACAAACCUCAUUCAAACCGCCUGGGUCUAGAGCACCUGUCCGUGGUGCCAUUAACAAAUUAGAUGCAGUGCUGAGUAACCUACACCACAAAACUCCAGAGCAAGGACCCAAUAAGAAGCCCAAGAAUCCUGACGCUUUUCAGAUUGGCUUCCCGAUGCGCUCCAACUACAUGUAUGGGAGAAUCAAGCGCACCCUUCUGAGCGAGAUCUUCGCCCUCACAGUCUGUCUUUGGCUGAAAGGGGGCUCAGGUCCUGGGAUCGGGACACCGUUCUCCUACUCUGUCCCAGGUCAGGCAAACGAGCUUGUCCUGAUUGAAUGGGGCAACAAUCCUAUGGAGCUGCUGGUGAAUGACAAGGCAGUUACUCUUCCUCUAUCUCUGACGGACAGUAAAUGGCACCACCUUUGUAUAACGUGGUCCACACGUGAUGGGAUGUGGGAGGCUUAUCUGGACGGUGUGAAAAGGGGCUCUGGAGAGAAUCUGUCCCCGUGGCAUCCCAUUAAACCAGGAGGAGUCUUCAUCCUCGGACAGGAGCAGGACACUCUGGGCGGCCGUUUCGAUGCCACACAGUCUUUUGUGGGUGAGAUGUCGGAUCUGCAGCUGUGGUCGCGUGUGCUCACCUCCACCGAGAUCUACAACCAAGCGUCCUGCUCCAGCCACCUCACCGGUGACGUCAUCACCUGGAGCGAGUCCAUGGUGGAGCUUCACGGAGGUGUCACAAAGUAUCCAUUCGACCCUUGUCAUUAGGGAUCUGACCAAACCGAGCCUGAUUCUCCACACCUCUGCUUAACGUGCAGCUGGAAAGGUGGAGAAUUCUGAAUCCAGAUGGAAAGGCUGAGGAGAAGGCCACGGACUGCAGCCGCUCCUUCAAGAUAAUAGGAUUCCAAACAGGUCUACAUAGGCCUCGGGCAUUUAACUAAGCACUUUAGUAGUUCACGUGUCUAAGAUUUACAUACUACAUAUCGAUAAGCACUUAGGAUGUCAACAGGCUGGUUGAACUCCAUUCUGUGUUUCUGAUUCCCUUCCAAACACUAAUGAAAGAACUUCAGUAUGCUCAACAUGCAAAACAAUCCA